UCAGACCGUUCUCAGAGUCAACAACGCUCAGCGACUAACGUUUUCAAGAUGUUUGUUUCAAUCUCCGGCGUAGAUCCAGAACUAACCAAGCUAACAAAUCCAAGCGAUGUUAUGGUCUAUAUGCAAAACAAGUCAUUAGAAGACAAAUUGGAUCCAGCAGAAUAUAGUAUCAAAGAUCUUAAAAAAUGGAUUGUACACUUUCAUAAUAAGUAUAGAGCUCAUCAUAGCUCUCCAGCAGUUACUGUAGAUUCGAAUCUUACCAAUCUUGCCCAGAAAUGGUCGGAUGAAAUGGCCUUUCACAAGAAAUGUUUAGUUCACGAGCAACCUUCAAAAUACGGUGAAAAUCUAACAUCGUUUGCGUCUUCAAAAUUCCCAUCUCCAAAAACUUGUGCAGCUGCACUCAUACACGGAUUUUAUACAGAAGGCUAUGGAUUUAAUUACACUCGCUUUAACCCUGGAUCUUGGUCGAAAGUCGGGCACUUCACUCAACUGCUCUGGAAGAAUUCGCGCAAAAUUGGAGUUGGAGUUUCAGUUGCAAAGCGGGGAACAAUGUAUCAUGUCUACGUUUGUAUCAAAUACGACCCACCUGGUAAUAUGCAAACUUCUGAGGCUUACAUGGAUAACGUCAGAGCUCCAAAAAGUACAAGUGGAUGCGGGUGCUUAAUUAUGUAAAGAACUGUAGCGAAUACAUUUUUGGGAUUUAAAUAGAUAUUAAAAUAAAAUUAAUUCCUACACAUUCAAGUAUCAUCAUAUUGAUAAUUUGAUAAUACAAUUCAAAUUUUCCGA